GGCAACGUUCCCAACAUCACAGUGUCACAUUCACUCAUAAUCCUAAAAACAAAAUGGCGAACGAAUCCACCCGAACCACCCGUGUGAUGCUCUGGAGUUCCCCGCGUAGCCUGUCUACGGCAUUCACCAGAGCUAUCUUAGAGCUGGGCAACGUGGAGGUCUUCAACGAGGAAUUUGCAGCCGCGUAUUUCUUCGGACCAGAGAGGGUCGGGGACAUCUACAGACCGAAGCUGUCACCGAACCACUCAUUUAAGUGGGUGAAGGAGCGCCUGGAGGCAGACUACCCGGGUAAGGUCGGGGUGUUUGGCAAGGACUUCGCCUACCCGAUUCUCCCUCGUCUUGAGAUGCUACCCAAGGGAUUUUACCAUACGUUCCUCGUGAGGGACCCGGCUAAAGUCUUCAUUUCUCUCAAGCCUCGUUUCGAGGCUUCACGCAUCAGUAUGGCCUUUUCCGGAACAUCUGAUCUGAAACAAUGUAUCCCAGUGAAAGGCUACACAUAUAAGGAGCUUCGAGAGCUUUAUGAGCACGUCAAGGGGCAAGGGCUGCCGACGUUAGUCCUGGACGCCGAUGAUCUGCUAGACAAGCCUGUUGAGAUGAUGCGUUAUUACUGUCAGACCACUGGUCUACCCUUCAAGGAAUCGAUGGUAACAUGGAAGCCAGCUAACUGCCGGGAUCUCAACUGGCACUGCUGCCGAGCUUUAAGAUUAAUGAACUGGUUAAUGCAGUGGUACGAGGGUGCUUUGAAGAGCUCGGGAUUCAAGAAGCCUUCUGCACGCCAUAUUGAUGUGGAGUCGCUCCAACCUGAUGUGAAGUUGGCCAUUGAAGUGAGCCAACCUCACUAUGACUUCAUGUACAGUCAGCGUGUACAACUCGAUUCAACGGGGAAGUGACUUCCAAUACUUGACACUGUCAAGAUUUGAAACAAGUAAACAUUAAUGUAACGGAGAAGUGACUUCCAAUACUUAAAACUGCCAAAAUUGAAACAAGUUAACAUUAAUGUAUACUCGUGCAUUACUGUCAGUAGUCAGUCUCAUGGAUUCAUGACUGGAGGACUCUUUGCGGGAUCGACCCCUGAUAUGAUAUAAUUGUAAGUGUAUUUCCUAUGAUCACCUUUUUAAAGUAUUGUUAAGUUUAACUAAUCUUUUUAUAGUAGUGCUUAUUCUUAACUUUUUUAAUUUCGCGGUUUGUGGUUUUAACUAUUGGCUGGUCCAUUUUGUGGUUUAUAUUUUUAGAAAUCUUUUACGCUUUUUGGUUGUUUUUGCUCUUGUUUACAGCUUUUUUUAA